AUGUUGAGAUAUUAGGAAACAGAAAGAUUGUCUCAACUCUCUCAACCUACUAAAAGAUCGAAAAAGUAUACUUAAAAUCAAUCAUUAAUGAUAAUGUCAAGGUAUUGUUAAUUUUAUACAAAGAUUGUAUGACAAUCAUUUUAAUCAUGAACUUCAUCAAAACCCUUGGAUUUCAUUGGGCACUUUUAAAUAUGAGUAAUGAUGAAUAUCUGAUUAAGUCUAGACGUAUGAUUAAGUAUGAGCAUUCAGACGCAGGUUUAUCGUACACUAAUGUGAAAAUAAAGAAGUUACGAACAUUUUAAGAACUGUGGGAAAAAAAUGAGGAAAUUCAUAAUAAAAGUGAACAACAUUAAGGAUUUAGAGAAUUUAGAGAAUUCAGAGAUAUUUCUGAGGAGGAUGUAAUUGUUACUAUUGAAUAUUGGUAUUCGAACAUAUUAAAUGCAGUACAAAUUGUCAUGAACAUACAGGAUCAACCAAACAUGAUGAAACACGUUAUUUAGCAUAUGCUUAAUAACUAAAAAAUGAAAUAUUGAAACGCUUUCCAAUUGUUAAGGUCAUUCUUAAGCCUCUACUUUAUGAUCAUUUUGAUCAUAGUAUUGACACUAUGUUUCUUUAAAGAAGAUUAGGUAUAUUGAUUAAACUAAAAUAAAGGUUGUUUUGAAGUUUAAGUGAUGUCUAAAUAGAAAGGAUAAUUGAAAUAGGCAGUGGUUGGAUCUAAAUUAAAUUCUAAAGCUUGGCCAUAGAUAAGUAGUAUCAUUAAUAAAUUGCCAUAAUAUUUUAAGAAGGUCUCUUUCAAUAUAGAUUUGAAAUACUAUGAUUCAGAUUAAAAGAUAAAAAAUACUGAUGUUAGAAUAUAACCAUAUCGUCCUACUACAUAAUAAAGAACAUAAAGUUUGAUGUGUAUUAAAUAUUAUUAAGUUUAGUUACGUCAAGAUCAAAUAAAAUUCUCAGACCAUAGAGUAGUCAAACAAGACCAAAAUCAUCAUAUUCAAAUAUGUCAGGUCAAUCUUAAAAAAGUAUGAAGGAAUAAGAAGAAACUGCUUAUAAAAUAGAAAGGACAAAUUAAGAAGGUAGAAUUGUAUUAACAAAUGUACCUUUGGAUGUUUAUGAAGUAAUAAUUGAAGAAACGAAUGAUUUUCUAAGAAAAACACAUGUAUUUUAAAUUGACAUCUCUAUAUAGAUUAUAAAUUUAUUCUAAUUGACAAAUGAUGAUCUACCUCUUAAUUAAGUGAUUGAAUUAUAGAAGUAAACACAUUCAUGUAUAAUUGUUUCUGUUAAUUGUGAAAUGAUACCAAUAACGGAAUGCAGAGUUGAGAUUGUCCCAUUAAAAGGUGGAAAAGAUGCAAUCCUUAAAGAAUCUCCAGCAGGAAGUGGAAAAUAUGAGAUUGUAGUUGAACCAAAUUAAUUCUACAUUUUUAUUAAGAAAAUUGGAUUUCAAGUUUUUAAAAGUAAAAUCAUGACAAGUUCUGGAGUUUGUGAAUUCACUUAUUCUAUAUAAAGAGCUAUUUAGACUGAGGAAGGUUAUGAUCCUGUACAAGAUGCUUUAGAUAAAAAGAGUUCUAUUAGGCCUUCAAAUGAUUUAAGAAUAAGAAAACCAAAAUAUUUGUAACCCCCAUCAAGAUAAUAAAAUGAAAUUAAUCUAAUAUAAUUCUCAUUUAUAGAUUUAGUAGAUAAAAUUCCAGUUUCUGAUGUUUACAUUAAAGUUGUGGAUGAAAUCAAUAAAAAAUUAUAUAGUUACCGUUCUAAUGAAAAUGGAAUUUGUAAGGCAUUAAUACAAAAGAAAAGUAAUUUAUUUUAAAAGAUUCCUUAUAGUUACCAAAGGUAGAAUCAUUAUCAAACAUCCUUAAUAUUACGAUAUGAGUAAAGACAUUAAUGAAUCUUAAACUUUAAGUUCACAUCCUAUGACUUAUUACAUUAUUAAAAAACCAUAAUAAUUUUCAUUGAUUGUGUUAAUAGUUAACAAACCAAACGAAGAGUUUUUAAAUUUCUACAUUAUUCAAGAAAGUAAUUAAGUUAAUUAUUAUAAAUAGAUAAAUAAGUGAUUUAAGAAGAUUAGGAUAUUCAGUAAAUUCAAAAUAGAAAUGAUGGAAUUUAAUUGAUUAAGUUUUUGAAUUUAUAAAAUAAGAAAGACAUAUUGCAAUUGGUAGCCUGUUUACCUAAAUUAAAAAUGGAUUAAAUUUAAGAAAUGUAUGUACUAUCAUCCGAUAGAAUUGAGAAAUGCAUUCUACCAAAAUUACCAGAAGAAUAAGGAACUUUGAAUCCUUAUUUCUGGAUUUUAGGUUCCUUGAAAGAACCUUAUGAAGCUUUUGAUGUAGUGAAUUAAAUAGUAUUUACUAAUUAACUCAAAGCAUAUCCUAAUUUAACUAAAAAUUAAUUAGAAACAGAAGUAUGGUAAUGUGCAUUUUAAUCACCUAAUUUAAUAAUAGCUGCUAAUUAGAAAAAUGGUAGUGUUAGCAUAUGGAAUUUAGAUAAUUAUUUGAUUGAUAAUACAAUACCUAAUGUUUUAUCUGAUGUUGCAAAUUCUAUAAUUAUUUGGGAUGAUGAUAAUGUAAUGUUAAGUGAUAAUAAUGGUUAAAUAACAUGGUUGAGAAAAAAUGAAGACUCUCAAUUUGCAUUAUUAUCAAGUUUAAAUGUAAAUAAAAAGAUCAACACAAUGUGUAAAGUAGGUGCAGAAGGUUUAGUAUUAGGUACUGUGGAAGGAAAAUUAAUAUUAUUGAAAGUUGAUUUAAGAUAACUUUAGAUUGUAAUAGAUUCUGAGACUGAUGUAGAAUCAGUAACAUAAACAAUUGAAUAAAUUAAUAAAAUAGUCUCUAUAACAAAUGAUUAGAUAGCAGUUUUGAGUGAUGGGAGCAAAUCAAUUUUUAUUUAUAAAGUAGAAAAAUCUCUAGAUAAACCUUUAAGUGCAACAUAGAUUAAAUAAAUAUAAGUUAAAGGCUAUUAAAGUGGGGGCAGACCAGUUUUAUAGAUUUUGUCUUUAGAAUAAAGAUAUUUAGUUUUCGGAGGUACUGAUGGAGUACUUCAUACUUUGAGUAUAGAUUCACAUGAAAGAGGACCUAAUAUCAGUUUAAAAUCAGAUUAAUAAAUUAAUAGUAUUCUAUAAAAUGAAGAUGGUGUACUUAUUGCAUAAGGUGAUUGUAUUACAUUUAUACAUUUACCUGAAUCUGUUAAUGAUUUAAAAGUUACAAAUCAAAGAUUCUUUUAAUCUCCUGUUAAAUUAUAUUGUGGAGAUUGUGUAACAUAUGAAAAACGAUUAUUAACAUUUACUAUUUAAGGUAAAAUGGUAGUUUGGUCUUUAUAAGAUAAACAAUUCCCUAAUAUAUGUAAUUUCUUGGUAGAUUCUGAAUUUCCAUACAAUUUAAAACCUGAUCAUCAUUCUUAUUUGUUAGUGGAUGCAGCGAUAGGAAAGGAAAACUUUAGUAUUUAUUUAAUUAAAGAAAAUGGGGAAAUAAUAAAGGACUCAAAUUAGAUAAUAAAAUUUGAAAGAAAAGAAAAAUACUUCUAUAUAGAAAUUGAUUAAUCUUAGUAAUAAGGUUUAUGGAGAUUAGGAGCAUAUCUUUAGAAUACAGAGUUGAUAAGAUAAAAAUAACCAAAAAUAUAUUUUAUACAAGCACAUGGAUAUUAAAUGUUAAAUUUUCCAUAGUAAAUACCAAGUAGUCGUAAAUAAAUAUAUCAUUGGUUUAUUGGAACAUUAAUACCGAAAAUUGAAAUGCUUAAAACUAGUGCUUUAUACACAGAUUCCUAAAUUGUGGGUAAGUUUCCAUCUUUGGAAUUAAUAAAACAUGAAGGUAAAAUUAAUUAAAUGAUGUUUAUAAAUAAAGAAGAAUUUAUGACAGCAGGAGAAGAUAAGUAAAUUAUAAUAUGGAAUGCUUAAAAGUUUAAUAUAAAUAAAGUAUUAUAUCAUGAAGCAGAAAUAUUAAGUGUACAUGUACAUAAUGGAAUGUUAUUGGCAGGUAAUAAAGAAGGAACAGUAAUAGGAUGGAAAUAACAUGAUAAUAUUUGGUAGAUGGAUAUAAAAUUUAAGUAUCAUGAGAAAGGAGUUUAUUCAAUGAUAUAUAUAGAUGGAAGCAUAGUUACAGCAUCUGAGGAUAGAAAAAUUCAAUUAGUUAAUUUUGUUUCUAGUGCUUUAGAACAUGUAGAACCAGUUGAUAGAACUUUUGUAAAUUCUUUGGUUGCAUAUAGUAAAGAUUCAUUUGCUGCUGGUUUUCCUGAUGGUAGAGUGAAAACAUAUAGAAGAGUAUAAUAUUAAUAAAAUCAAUAGGAAAAAUCAGGUCCAAAGAUUAUACUUAAGACUUUAAGAACAAUAGUCACAACUAAAGUUUAACAUUUAUAUUAAAUGAAUAAUACAUAAAUAUUGGUUGGAGGAAUAGAUAAAUUAUGUGAUAUAUUAAAUGUUGAAUAAGGAACAAAAUUAAAGUAAGUCUUUUUUUUUAUUGUAUAGAACAUUAAAAGAUGGUCAUACUGGAUAAAUAUUAUGUAGUCUCAUAUACUUUAAACAUCUCAUUACAGGUGGUUCUGAUGGAAGAUUAAGCAUAUGGAAUUCGGAUAAAGGAGUGUUGAUUAAAACAUUUGAAUUAACCAAAGAAGAAAUAAGAACACUUAUGAUAAUUGAGAGAUUGUUAAUUACUACUAGUAAUUAUAUAUAUAAUUAAUAGGCUCAAACGGAACCAUAAGAAUUUGGUAGGAAAUAUGUCCAUUUAUUGAAUAGAUUCCUCCUGACGAGGAACCAGAAUAACAAUAAUGAUUUAUAUUAUUCAAUAAAAUAAU